AUGAUACACAUAAUUCAAGACUAUCGGGACCGAGCCCGAAGGCAUCAGAGGGGGCGUGAGGAGGCCGAAGCGAAGUUCCUCGUGUCCGAGGCCGAACAGAAAGUGCUUCAAGCGAAGUUAGAGGCGGCCGAGGACGAGGUUCGGGCUCUAGUCGCCGAACUUAAAGAGGAGAAGGGCGUGCAAGCUUUGGCCAGAUCUGAAGUGCGCGCCGCUGAGGCUCGUCGGUCGGAGGCCGAGUCGUCGCUCGCUAUACGCGAGCAGGAGGUGGGGGAGGCUCACCUAAAGGUCCAAGAGCUCGAAGUCCGUCUGCUCGACGCGCAAUCUCUGCUCGUCGACCGUGAACGGGAAAUAAAAAAUUUGGAGCGAAAGGCCACCUACCACGAGGCUCGGGAGAAGGAGGCUCGGGAGCAGGCCCAAGAUGCUGUCAAACUCUUCCGUGACUCGGAAGAGUUUCGCGACUUAAUGGAAGAGGAGGGCGUCAACGGGCUCAUCCAGGGUUUCAAGGACUUCCGCAACCAGCUGCGGCGACUUCUUCCAGACUUUGACCUUAGCCUGCUUCAACCAGGAGCAGGGGUCGAAGAUUCAGGGGUGGAGGCAGAAACUCCGCCUGGCGGGGCCGACCAGGAAGGUCCAGCAGAAGUGGGCGAGAGUGCUCUUGAGGUCGCCGAGGCGGCUCCCGAAGCUGCUGGGGCCACCGGAGAAGAGGCCUCGACCGCAGAGGAGCCAACUGCUCCUGAAGUCGCCGAGCCCGAGCCUUAG